AUGCUCCACAACGGAAUGAUGCUUACGUCCAAGGAAAUCCGCGAAGCAUCGGAGUACUCUUUCCGCCAAGAUCGAGUUCUAUUCACGACGGAGAAGCACAACGGAAAAGAAUACUGCGAAAUCCGCGAGUACAAGGGAAUCCAGCCAAACGCCAAGGAAGAAAAAGAAAAGCAAGUCGAAGCGAGAUGGAAAGACAAGUUCCUGGUUCGAUUCGCUUUCAUCACAAGAAUUUGGGACGAGAAUGAAAACGGAGCCAAUCGAAUCAAAGAUAUUCUCGACAUUUUGACAAAGGAUGUCUUCCCAGAUGUCAUCGUUGUCAAUUCUCUGUUCUGGGAUGUGGAAAAGUACCGCGACAGUUGGAUCAGCGAGGAAAGAUGCUUUGAAAAAUACUCGAAGAAUAUGCACGAAUUCUUGGGAUACUUCAAUGAGAUCCAAAUCAAGGCGAUUCGGGAAGAGAGGCUGAAGAAACCGACGGUGAAGAUUUGGAGGUCGUCGAUGAAUAUUAGCAAUUAUGCGAGAUCGGGGUUUAUUGAUGCUUCGACGAACACGGAGUUUUUGAAAGACAAAAUUGAUAAAGCCAACGCUUCAAAUAUCAAAAUCGUAAAAGAUAAUGGAUGGGAUCUACUGGACGCUCAUUAUCUGAUGGAACCUUCAGUGGAAAUCUUCCGCGCGGCUGAUGGAAUUCACUGGACUCCAUCCGCACACAGGUUUCUGACUUGCGCUCUUCUUUCCCACAUCGCGCUGGCUACAGGAGAGGGGCUUCCCAACUUGCCGACGAAUGUAAAGCUCAAGAACGGAUUGACGAGAAUGUCGGCCGAUGAAUAUAAUGACAUGACUGAAGUCGGCAUGGUCAACGUACCAAAGACUCGAAAAACGUUCAGUAAGUCGCUGAACAAGCACUCCACCUUCAAGGUCACCCAGUACAAGAAGGGUAAGGACUCCAUCUUCGCCCAGGGUAAGCGUCGUUACGACAGAAAGCAGUCCGGUUAUGGUGGUCAGACCAAGCCCGUCUUCCACAAGAAGGCCAAGACCACCAAGAAGAUCGUCCUCCGACUCGAAUGCACCAAGUCGAAGAAGAGAAAGCUCCAGGUCAUCAAGCGAUGCAAGCACUUCGAGCUCGGCGGUGACAAGAAGAGAAAGGGACAGAUGAUCCAGUUCUAA